AUGAAGACCGCUUCGAUCGCCACCGUUCUUGCCGCUACAACAGCUACUCUUGCUGCUGAUACGUCCGUCCUGAAGCCACUGGAGCUUACGAACCUCAAUGCUGGCAUCUACAGUGCAUCUAUGCCCACGACGACACUAUUCUCCUUUUCCCUGAAAGAUCCAAACACCAACACCAGCACUACCUGCUCUGGGUACUGGUCCGCUGGUAUGGCCGGUCACAAAUCAUACGACUGCUCCGAUAAAGCAUACCAGCUUCAAAUAUUGAACGGAGUAUAUAACAUUGAGAACUUCGAUCUUGGAGUCUACCGCGCUGAUGGCUCGGUUAUUGGGAAAUCUACCGUCUCGGGUGAUUCGUGGAAAUGCCAGAAGCAGGAAUCCCCUAGGGAAACUUGUAAUUGGGAUGGAGUUUUCACGCUUGAAGUGGCUGCUUCAUCUUGA